AUGAAUAUCCAACAACAGAAUCAAUCAAAAUCGCUCUCUUUGGAAGACAUCUCCAACCACUUCUCUCUUCCCCUCUCCGAUGCCGCUAGCAAUCUCGGCGUGUGUGUUAGUGUGCUUAAGAAAAUUUGCCGUGAGAAUGGUCUUGAUAGAUGGCCAUAUCGCAAGUACUUAGCUGGAAAGAGUAUCGAAGACAUUAAAAGGCAUGCUGCUAGAGAAAGAACCAAAGCCCUUGCUGACCUCGCGAAGGCCGCUUCUAACAAAAAUGUUAUCCAGCAGCAAAACAAUGAGAAUUCCAAAUCACAAGGAAUGGCAUUGCCUCACAAACUGCAGCAACAAGGAACUAAGGAUGUUCUAGCGGGGAGGCAACAGAUCAUGCUUGCUCCAGGGUUGGCAAAAGGAUUGAUGGGUUUGGAUGAGUUUAAAUAUGGAUUUCCAUCAGAUGGCUUAUCAACAGCUGCAAAUAAAUGGUGGGGCAGUGGCCUGUCUGAUACUCACAGGGGCACUGAUAAAACUGAAACUGAGACUGAUGAAGAUGACAACCAUCAAUCAGAAGAAAAGGCCCAUGGUGGUACUGAUGUGAUGACUGUAGACAAAGAAAAAGCUGGAAAUGGACUGGCAGAGAAUGAAAUUGAUCCCAAAGGGACUGUUUUAUUGACAUCUGUUAGAAAAAGAGCUGUUGAAGAAGGGCGAGGAGCACUUAAGCUUGGUGUCUACAGAACCUAUGGUGUAAACAAGACUUUGUCACCGGCUGAUGGGACUUUAUUGCAUUUGGUGGCAUCCAGCUGUAAUAAUCUUCUCAUAAAUGCCAGGGAUGUGCUUGAUUCUAAGCCUAACAUAGAGGCCAGACCACCAGGGGCGCAUAAGCAGCAUCGAUUUUUACAAAGCACAGGAAUUGUCUGCAUUGUUGAAUCACUGGCACUAUCUCCAUCUCUGGCCAAGCCAAAUUGUCAAGCCUUCUGUGGAGAAGUCAGCAUUCCAUUCCCUUUCGGGAUAGGACCAGACUGUUAUUCCCACAAAUUGUUGGAAAUAGUUUGCAAUGAAACUUUCAGCCCUCCCAAACCUUUUGCAAGUAGCAUUAAUCUGGAGGUGCUGAACAUUUCAAUUGGAAACAGCAGAAUUCAUGUCAAUCUGCCAAUAGCUUCUUCUGGUUGUAACGGUGCAGCAACGAGCAGUGUAAGCAUUAAUUUGGAAUCCAGCCCUUUUGCACUGUCCGAAAGAAAUAUAUUCACUGCCAUAGGUUGUGAAAACUUGGCCUUGUUAAGGGAAAAGAGCACAGUUAUUGGCGGGUGCAUGCCACUUUGUGAUCAGAACAAGAACAUGAUAAAAGGUGGUUGCUUUGGCAUCAACUGCUGCCAGACCACCAUCCCUUUAGAUUUAAGGGAAUACAAUGCAAGCAUAGGGAGCAUGAAGAACAGUGAACGCAGUGUGGGAUGCAAGUAUGCCUUCUUAGUAGACCAACUAUGGUUUGGAGCCAAUUUGGCAGAUCUGCAAGCUGUGAAUAAAAUGAAUUUUGUUCCUGUCGUGCUAGACUGGUGGAUAGAUAGAUGGACAUUUGAUUGGCCUUCACUGGAUGAGCAAUCACGGAUGCAACACCAAAACUUUAGUUGUCUAAUUUACAAAGCUGCCUCGUCACCUAGUAACAAUGGAUCCAAAAUUCAAUGUCAUUGCAAAAGGGGUUUUGAAGGAAAUCCUUACCUUAAUGAAGGAUGUCAAGACAUUGAUGAGUGCGAUGUCCCUAAUGCUUGCCGAAAGCCUAUGAUUUGCAAAAAUUUUAUGGGGAGUUGGGGUUGCCACCAUCCACCUGAGUUCGGAAAUUCUCAAGUUGAUAUGGUCUUCACAGGUAUGACCCUCAGUCUUAAAUCCUACGAAUGA